CGUGCAAUGUCACAUGACUUCUUGUCUUCCUGUUUCAGUUUGCGAGUGGAAUUAGACCCAGUCCUAGCAGAAGAUGGACCUGAAGGCAUAUUUCAAGCGGGUCAAUAUGACAGACUCCGGGCCACCUUCCCUUUCGGCACUACGGGAGUUACACCGCCAUCAUGUCCUCUCUGUGCCUGCAGAAAACCUGGAUAUCCACAGUGGGGGAAAGAUUAUACUGGAAAUGCCAUGGAUUUAUGAGAAAAUUGUUGUGAGAAAGCGUGGUGGCAUUUGUUAUGAGAGCAAUGGCCUUUUCUUGUGGGUGCUAGAAGAACUGGGGUACCACCCCAAGGUGUUAUCAGCAAGAGUGAGGAACAAAAUCAGUUGUGAGUAUGGGCCUCAAUUUGAUCAUCUGGUAACCAUGGUAGAGCUAGAAGGAAGAAGAUGGCUUUGUGAUGUUGGGUUUGGAGAGGGUAUUAUUGACCCAAUUCCACUGGAGGAUGGAUGGGAAGAGGAGCAGGACAAUGGAGUUUUUAGGCUACGGGUGGAGACAAAAACAUGGUACUUGGAGAGAAAAGAUGGUAACCUCUGGAGAAGUCUGUUUUCAUUCACUCUUGAUGAAUAUACAUUCGAAGACUUCAAGGAGAUGUGUGAGUAUCACCAGACUUCACCAAGUUCUAUAUUUACCUGCAAGUCCCUUUGCUCCCUUCAGCUCCUGCGGGGCAGACUGACAUACAUGGGGCACAGACUGAUUACUACAGAAUUUACCCCAGGGGGUGGGUGUGUGAAGUCCACUCGAGACCUUACUGAUGAUGAGAUUCCUGAUCUGCUCAGAGACAGAUUUGGGAUAGUAUUGAAGGGAAAACUUAUACCUAAGGAUGAAGACAUCAUACCUCCAAUGUCAUGUUAAAAGUAAUGGUUUU